AUGAAUAACGAAGUCGACGGUGAUGAAGAAGAAGAAGAAGACGUGGAGGUGUGGGAUACGUUGAGUAACGGAUUCAAACGCGCGCAAGUCGUUCUCGAUCAGAACCGUGAGUUGAUACAACGGGUCAACGAAAACCACAUGUCUCGGAUCCCUGAUAACGUCGCUAGAAACGUUGCCCUGAUCAACGAAAUCAACGGUAAUAUUUUUCGAGUUAUGGAGAUUUACUCUGUUUUAUCUGUCGAUUUCGCCGACAAAUUCGAUCAGCAGCGGAGGAGCAGCAGGAGGACGGCCAAGAACGUCGACACUACAACAACUACCACCACGGCCGGUUCUUACGGCGGCAGACGGAGCUCUUUCGGUUCCUGA